AGACAGAUCGUAUUGAAAUUGGGGGAACCACCCAUGUGAUGACGUCACGGCGCGCUGACAAGCUGGUGGUGCCGGAAGAAAAGAUGGCGGAUUAUUACGACCCGAUCAGCAACCAGGAAAAGGUGCGCAUAGCAGCUAAAUUCCUCAUUCACGCCCCACCAGGAGAGUUUAAUGAAGUUUUCAAUGAUGUGCGAUUGCUGCUCGACAAUGACAAUCUUCUCAGAGAAGGCGCAGCGCAUGCGUUUGCACAGUACAACUUGGAGCAGUUUACCCCUGCAAAAAUUGAGGGCUACGACGACCAGGUCUUAAUCACAGAACAUGGAGAUCUAGGGAACGGCCGUAUCCUAGACCCCAAGAACAAGAUCUCUUUCUCCUAUGACCACUUGAGAAAGGAAGCCAGUGACCCCCGGCGUCAUGAUGUUGACAGCUCCAUAGAGGAGUGGAGGAGUGCCGUGGACACAGCUGUCAGGGCCUAUGUCAAAGAGCACUACCCCAGCGGAGUCUGCACCAUUUACGGCAAAAACAUCGAUGGACAACAGACCAUCAUUGUAUGCAUUGAGUGCCAUCAGUUUCAGGCCAAAAACUACUGGAAUGGACGCUGGAGGUCAGAAUGGAAAUUCACCAUCUCUCAAUCCUCCACUGAAGUGGCAGGAAUCAUGAAGAUUCAGGUUCAUUACUAUGAGGAUGGCAAUGUUCAGCUCGUAAGCCACAAGGACGUGAGGGAGAAAAUGACCAUUUCUAAUGAGGUUUCAACCGCAGAAAGGUUUGUAAAGAUCAUGGAGACAGAAGAAGGCAAAUAUCAGAGAGCGAUCAACGAGAAUUAUCAGACCAUGUCGGACACUACUUUCAAAGCCUUACGCCGCCAGCUUCCUGUGACGCGCACCAAGAUCGACUGGAACAAGAUUUUGAGCUACAAGCUCGGCAAGGAGAUGCAAAAUGCUUGAAAAAAAAAUAACUUACCCCACACCACCUUGUCUUUAACAUACAGACA